AUGGGCACUCUGCCCAGAUGUGAUGUGUGCCAGUACCAUCAUGUCGGCCAGUGCAGAGUUAGGAAAUAUGAGUCUUGUGGAAGGGUUAGUCAUUCGAAGGAGACGUGUUGGGCCGGUACUGGUCGUGGUAAUGGUGGUCAGAAAGGUUAUGGCAAUGGGAAUGGAAACAAUAACCGUGGUGGUAAUGGGUAUGGAAACCGCAAUCAAGGAGGAAAUGGCGGUAAUGGAAAUCGUGGUGGUUUUGGAAAUCAAGCUGGUAGUGGAAACGGUGGAGCAAACAACAACCAGGGUGGUAAUGGAAAUGGAAAUGGUCGGGGACCAGGUUGCUUUAACUGUAGAGAUGUGGGGCAUUUCAAGAGAGAAUGCCCAAAGAUCAACCAAGCUCAGGGAAGGAAUAUACCUGGGUUGGUAGCUAGUAAGCUAGAUAUUCCGUACUCGAUAGAGCUAGCUAAUGGAAAGCUAGUAGAAACGAAUGAAGUCAUUAGAGGUUGCGUGAUAGAACUCAGGGAGCACGAGUUUACGCUUGAUCUUCUGCCAAUCGAGUUGGGAAGCUUUGACGUGGUCGGUCGAUCAGACGGUCGUUAA